UUGUCCGCCCUUCAUUUAUUUCUCCCUUAUCAUCGCUCAAAUUCGAUGUCCCCUCUCUCCCUCUCUCUCUCUCUCACACUCUCUCUCAUUGAUUUCAUCCAUGGCAAUGGACCUCUUCUCUCUGCAAUCCAUCCUCCUCUUCCUCCUCGCUUCUCUCUAUCUCUACUUCUUCUUCCUCACCACCGCUUCCCUGAAACGAGCAGCCGCCAAUGGCGGAGUUGGCUUCAAGAACUAUCCCUUCCUCGGAACAUUGCCGGAAUUCUUCAUGAACCGAGGCCGAUUCCUCGACUGGACGACCGAAGUCCUUGCAUCCACACCCUCUAGUACAGCUGUCUUCAUUCGGCCUGGGAGUAACAACGGCAUCAUAACAGCGAAUCCCUCCAACGUCGAGCACAUCCUUAAGACCCGCUUCGACAAUUAUCCUAAGGGCGACCGGUUCAUCUCCCUCCUCCGAGACUUCCUCGGUGAGGGAAUCUUCAACUCCGACGACGAGCUCUGGAGGAUCCAGAGGAAGACCGCCAGCUACGAGUUCAACAGCAAGUCACUCCGCAACUUCGUGAUGGAGAACGUGACGGUGGAGAUUCGUACCCGGCUGGUCCUGAUACUGGAGAGGGCCCACAAGUCGGGCCGAGUCCUCGACCUGCAGGAUAUCCUGGAGCGGUUCGCUUUCGAUAACGUGUGCAAGCUUGCGUUCAACUAUGACCCUGGCUGCCUCAGUGGGGAGGGGGAUGGCAGCAGCGAAUUCAUGCUGGCGUUCGAGGAGGCCGCGAAGCUAAGCUCCGAGAGGUUCAUGUACCUCUUGCCGUCCAUGUAUAAGCUGAAGAAGCUUCUAGACGUGGGGUCCGAGCGUCGGCUGAGGAAGGCGAUCGUGACGGUCCAUCAGUUUGCUGAUGACAUCAUACGGUUGAGGUUGGAGGAGAUGAGAGAUAAUAAGGCAAGUGACCAGGACAUCCUCUCGCGCUUUUUCAGCACGGAGAAGGCCUCGGCCGUGUUUCUCCGGGACAUCGUCAUCAGUUUUAUCCUUGCUGGGAGAGACACAACGUCAUCGGCCUUAACAUGGUUCUUCUGGCUGCUGUCGCGCAACCGCUGCGUGGAGGACAGGAUCCUGGAGGAGCUAGGAGGCAUUCGAUCAAGAAACGGGAAGCUCGUAGGGGACCCUUACACGUUCGAUGAGCUCCGCGAGAUGCAUUACCUGCACGCGGCGAUAUCGGAGGCGAUGAGGCUGUACCCGCCAGUCGCGGUGGACACGAAGGCGUGCCUGAGGGAUGACGUGCUGCCCGACGGGACGGCCAUCAAGGGCGGCUGGUUCAUCUCGUACCAAACAUUCGCGAUGGGCAGGAUGGAGAGCGUGUGGGGCAAGGACUGCCGGGAGUUCCGACCGGAGAGGUGGCUGGAAUCGGACGGCGCCUUCGGGGUGGUCUGCCGGCAGGAGAGCCCCUUCAAGUUCCCGGUGUUCCAUGCCGGCCCAAGGAUGUGUCUCGGGAAGGACAUGGCUUACAUCCAGAUGAAGUCGAUCGCGGCGUCGGUCUUGGAGAGGUUCACAAUCGACGUCCAGGAUAGUGACACGUGUCGGGAACCUUUGCUGUCUCUUACCCUAAGGAUGAAAGGGGGGCUGCCCGUGAAAGUGAAUCCCCGGCCAGUGCAUCAGUCCCUCUGAGUUGGAUCAUUGUACCUCGCACUAUACUUGUACGGCAGACAUUUUCUAUGGUAUAGCAAGUACUUUGUGCAAGAUUUCUGGAAAUUCUAGCAUAACAUGGCAUUACCACGC